AGAGAGAGAGAGAGAGAGAGAGAGAUUUCCUUUUUCUAUUUGUUUGAUAAUAAAAGGAAGGAUUUUUGGUUUUUAGGGUUGGCCUUUAAAGGAGUAUAAGCAGUCGAGAAAUAGAAACUGAGUCAACUCGGGCGAUUCUUUGUUCCUUGUUAAACCUCUGUAAUUCUCUUGACUGAUCGGUUUUUUUGACCCACCCACCACCCUUUGAAGCUAGCUAGCUACCUCACUCCCUCUUGAAAUUAAAUCAAACGGCUCUGAUUCUGUCCCAAAGAUUCUUCGUGGGGUGCUGGUUACUUCAGAUCUUGCAAUUUGGUGAGUGCUUAAUGUCGGUUUGGUUCUCAAUUAGGACCUAACGUUGCUGUUUCAUCCUUAGUUUCUUUUCUGUUCCUCUUGUUUUUAAGAUUACUGGGGGUUUUCAAUAGGAAUGGCUUCCUUAAUGUAGUUGCAUUGAGUGGGACUGUUUUUUUUAUAAGUCUUGCUUCUUUUUUAAUUUUUUCAUUACGGAUUUUUGAGUGGUGAUGUGGAGUUUUGGUUUGGAGUUUGCGAAUUGAUGAUUGAGAGUGAACUAGUGUAUUAUUUGCUACCAAAUCGAUUGCGUUUGGCUUUGGAGUUUGGGGCUUUUCUAAGAGGGAAGAAGCUAUCUUCCUUCGUUGCCUCCACUCUCACCAGCCACGUAGAUUUGGAGGAUUCUGUUCCUUUUCAUGUCUCCUAAAUUGGACAGCCCAGUUCAAACACAGAUGGCACUGGCAGUCUUUAAGAGCCCACUUGGUGGGGAAUACCACGGAAGCCAAAGAAUGGAAGGGAAACAACCUGCUGUGAGGAGACGGGUUUUUGUGCAAACUGAGACUGGUUGUGUCCUGGGGAUGGACUUGGAUCGCAGUGACAAUGCUCAUACAGUGAAAAGAAGGCUGCAGAUUGCACUUAAUGUUCCAACCGAAGAGAGUUCCUUGACUUUUGGGGAUAUGGUGCUGAAGAAUGACCUUAGUGCUGUUCGUAAUGAUUCACCUCUUCUCUUAACACGGAACUUUCUUCAUAGAAGCUCAUCCACGCCCUGUCUUUCACCGACUGGAAGAGACACCCAACAGAGAGACCAAAGUAGUCCUAUUGAGGUAUUGGGACACUCAAAUAGCUUUGCUAAGGUGAGACAAUCGGUCAAGGAAAGCAUCAAGGCAAUUAAGAAUGGUGUUGAUCCACUUCCAGUUCAUAGCGGGCUCGGAGGCGCAUACUACUUUAGAAACAGCAGAGGUCAGAGUGUUGCCAUUGUGAAGCCAACUGAUGAAGAACCUUUUGCGCCAAACAAUCCAAAAGGUUUUGUUGGCAAAGCUCUCGGGCAACCAGGUCUGAAACGGUCUGUGCGUGUUGGGGAGACAGGGUUCAGGGAAGUGGCAGCAUUCCUUCUUGACCAUGACCACUUUGCUAAUGUGCCCCCUACUGCACUUGUGAAGAUCACUCACUCAAUCUUCAAUGUCAAUGAUGGGGUGAAUGGCAGUAAGCCACACAAGAAGAAGCAGGUCAGCAAGAUUGCAUCUUUCCAGCAGUUCAUUCCACAUGAUUUUGACGCCAGUGAUCAUGGGACUUCAAGUUUCCCAGUUACUGCUGUGCAUCGAAUCGGGAUUUUAGACAUUAGGAUUCUUAACACAGACAGGCAUGGUGGAAACCUUUUGGUGAGGAAGCUUGAUGGUGUCGGGAGAUUUGGGCAAGUAGAGCUGAUUCCAAUUGAUCACGGGCUUUGCUUGCCAGAAACAUUGGAGGAUCCGUACUUCGAGUGGAUUCAUUGGCCUCAGGCUUCGAUUCCGUUCUCAGAUGACGAACUUGAGUAUAUUGAAAAACUUGAACCAGGCAAAGAUUGUGAUAUGCUGCGGAUGGAGCUCCCAACGAUCAGAGAUGCUUGUCUACGGGUCCUGGUUCUCUGCACAAUUUUUCUCAAGGAAGCUGCCUCCUCUGGUCUCUGUCUUGCUGAAAUUGGUGAGAUGAUGAGCAGAGAGUUCCGUGCUGGGGAGGAGGAACCCAGUGAGCUUGAGGCUGUGUGCAUUGAGGCAAGGAGGUUAAUAGCUGAGAGGGAGGUGUUUUCUCCCCGGGGUUAUUUGGGAGAUGAUCAGGAUUUCCAAUUUGAUUUAGACUGUGAUGAAACACAUUAUGACUUCGCCCCAAAGCUAACAGCAGAUGACUACCUGACUAGGUCACCAUUCCAAUUUGGAAUUGGAUCUGGGAGUGGUCGCUUCCUGCUUUCCAAAUUGGAGGAAAGCAUUAAGGAAGAGGAAAGUGAAGGGGAGGAAGAGCAGGAGGGUUUUACUGCCCUGCGCACUCCUGAAAAAUUCCCAACCAUUUCAAAACUUUCCAUGUCACUGAAGAGUAGUACCACAUUAGGUGACAAGAACCAGAAGUUCUCAGGAACAAAACCAGAAAAUGGCUAUCUUAGUAAUAGAUCAUCUGGUCACAGGAGCGCUAACGAGCAGCUCCCUGCGAGUAUGAGUUUUGUGGAGCUGGCAGAUAUGACCGAGGAGGAAUGGACCCUGUUCAUGGAGAAAUUUCAGGAACUGCUGUUCCCAGCAUUUGCCAAACGCAAAUCUGUUACCCCUGGUCAGAGGCAGAGACAGAGGCUUGGUACUUCAUGCCAGUUUUGAGAUAUGUGAUACCGGUAUGAAGAUAAAGAAUAAGACUAGGUUUGUGGGAGUGAACGGUUGUUAGCGUAGGUUCAGUUAAUGGGUUGUAUCUUGGAUCAACUGUAGGACGUACUGCUGUAAAUAUUCUUGGCAUCAGCUAAGGAGGAGUUCAUCAGCUAGCUGAUUAGGAAAUGGUCGUAUUUCUUCUUUCACGUUUUUGUUUUCAUUUUUUUUCUACCUUAACUCGAGGAUUUGUUUGAUAAAUAAUCUGUAGAAUGAAAACCCUAAAGAAUGUUAUGUAAAUAGUGACCGCUUGGCUUUCUUGA